ACUUUGCCUUAUAUAGAGACCUGGAACCCGAACGAUCGUGCAAUGAUUGUCUUAUCUUUACAUUUUGUGCUAUACACACACACGUACAAAUAAGUUAUUUAGCAAAGAGUGUUGAGCAGUGUUUUUUUUUGAUGCUGUGGAGUGUGAGCUCGCUUUGAGGUGGACCCUUGGUGAUGUCCUCAUCACACAGGUUUGUGACCACAACGAGGAAGUUCAAAACUCAGAUGAGUUGAGUGAUUGUGACAGUCACAAGAUGGUUGCGCUGCUGUUCAUCCUCCUUCUCGUGUCUCAUCUUGAAGCAGGAGCGGCACGACUCAGAACCACCAGCUGUCUCUACCGCAGACCUGGAGAUAACGUCGUUCUGUCGCUGCGUGGUUUUGGAACGUGCGAUUCGUCAGCUUGGACCCGUGAUGGAUCGGUGCCUCGCGGGAGGCUGCUGCGCCAGGGCGCCAACUGCUCUCUGCACAUCGACAACGUCACGGCCGAGGACGCCGGCUGCUACAGCUCACCGGAGGACACACUGUGUCUGUACGUCGUGAGCGUUUCAGACGCUGGACCACAGCGAGGCAGUCGUGUGACGCUGCAGUGCUCUCUGAUCAGAGCCGCGUAUUACAGACCCUGUGGACAGGGUAACAUCCUCUGGUUGGACGAGGCGGGGACCGAGCUGCUCCACGACGACGACGCGUGCGAGGUCGCAGAGGGCACGUGUGUCUCCAACCUGACUGUGGACGCCGACCCCGGCAGGACGUACACCUGCCAGGUGAUGGACGACACGUAUGACGUCAUGAUCGAGGCCAACCACACGCUGGUCUUCAGAGAUGCUGCUGAGUGGUCUCCUCUGAGCUUCGUCAUGUUGACUCUGCGUGUGUCAGUCCUGAUCCUGAUGAUUGUGAUCACGGUUCUCAUCGUCAUCAAAACACGAAAAGAAAAACAGGAUCCAAAAAGCCAAAGAGUGAUGGAAGUGAGCGAGUGAGUGAAACCACAAGUGAAAGCCUCCUCGUUGUUGAACCAUCUUUGAAUCUUUUUUUUUUUCUCUAAACCAAGAAAAUAAAAUGUGUCUUAAAUGGUAAA